AUGUUAGCUGACAACGAUGAUCCGUGGUUCGGCUUGAAGCCCAGUGAUCUUGCACAGGAAGCUGGUUAUGAUGUUCUAUGCUUGCUGUUAAGGAAAUUUGAAAGUGAUCAAAUCCGGAAAUUCAUGAUAACUAGGACGUUGGAGCAUGUCUCUGCCGAGAUGAGCCUUGAUGACUUUUUUCUGCCCACCGAUGGGAUUAUUAAUAAUUUUCCUGUUGAAGUUCAAAAGCAAAAAGUGCAGCGGUUGAAAAAAUGGGCACAUUCAAAAAAAUUCAAAACUAUUCAAGGAAUAAAAGCUGGACUUACAGCUCAAGGACGAGAGAAGCUUUGUGUUAUUGCUGCAGAACGUUAUGCUAACGUUGCCAAGGUGAUCACAGAUAUGUCUUGGAAACGAUAUGAAAGUCUCCGUGAAGAUCUUUCAACAGCCCAGUUUAUGUUCCAAGAGCUUCCAAUACCUGCGUUAGAAGCACAGAGCCAGGAAAUCAGCAUGGAGCAUGAAUCCUUCCAAUAUGAUGCGUUCCUGAUUCACAGCGGUGAGGAUAAACCUAAAGUCGAAGAAGUUUUGGAGCUGCUCGAGUCACGUGAUAUCCGUUGUUGUUAUGCACCACGUGAUUUCCUACCCGGAAGAAGCAUAUUAUCUUGCAUAGAAGACGCCGUGGAAUUGUCCAGGUGUACUGUGGUCAUGGUGUCUGAGAACUUUAUGAAAAGCACGUGGUGCCAGCAUGAACGAGAUGUGGCCGAGGUCAAGGCAAAAGACACGGAAGGUUAUUCGGUGAUCCCUGUUCUUUUGGGCUUCAAACCGUCAGAUCUGCCAAGUGCUUACAAAGUCAAAAAGUUUAUCCUUGCUGAUAGCCAAGAUUUUAUUCCCACAUUGGUCAAAGCUAUUGAAGGUAUUUUUCUCUCUAGAAGUCUUUAUCUCAUGGGUUUUAUUUCCCUACAUUAUUAA